AUGCCCUCGCCCGCGGACUACGCGCAGUUCGAGGAAGAGUACCUCGAAGGGCUCGACCCACGCAAGCGCGCCAAGGCGCUCAUCUCGCAGCAGCUCUUCGACGACAUCUGGCUCGUCCUCCACGCGCCCGGCGCGCAGUGCGUCGGCUCCCCGCAGUUCCGCUGGUGGGUCCGCAAGAUGUUCAUCCUCGCCUUGCCGAAUGACCUCGACGAAGAAACACCUACGGAUCCUGGCUCCCUCGUCCCUGCGAUGGUGCCGUUGGAGGCGCCAGACACAUCGCGCCAGACGCUCCCGGUCGUCGCGCACGACGGGAAACGAUUGGCGGUCCGCGAACAGAUCUACGACGUCCUGUGUGUCGCGCACGCGCGUGCGGAGCACGGGGGCCGGGACAAGACCAUGGCAGAGGUCAAGAGGCGGUACACCUGGGUUCCCAAGGACCUCAUUGCGCUCUUCGUCAAGUACUGCCCUACGUGUAUGGCGAAGAGGACCCCACUUCGAUCCCCGCCUCCGACGCCUGCAUCCAACAUUUCUCUCACCUCCCAAGCCUCCGUCUUGGCUCCGACGACCCCGCAAGAGUCACCCUGCCCCCGCUCUCGCACGUGA